AUGCUGGAGUCUAAGCACUGCGGAGUGACCAUGACGUCCACUCACAAUAAGAUCUCCUUCUCCAUCAUCGACAUCCUGGACCCGAACAAAUUCAAUAGCAAGAAGGCGAGCGAGCACGGCAAGUUUGGAGUGGCGACCGAGGAGAGGACUAGCUUGGAGACGCACGGCGAUGCGGAAGGAGACGAAGAUAACCAGUCCGAUCAGCACCCGGUUCUUGACAACCCCCUCGUGAUUACCGCCACAGCGGAGAGCAAGCACCGGCUAGCCGAGGAGCAGAUGACUGUGGGCCUGCAGGACGUGCCUUCCACACAUAGCAAGAGGCGGCGGCAAGACCAGAACAGCGCCAAGCCCCGGCGCGCCCGGACCGCCUUCACCUACGAACAGCUAGUGGCGCUGGAGAACAAGUUCCGAGCCACUCGCUACCUGUCGGUGUGCGAGAGGCUCAACCUGGCGCUGUCCUUGAGUCUGACGGAAACACAGGUGAAGAUCUGGUUUCAGAACAGGCGCACCAAGUGGAAAAAGCAGAACCCAGGCGCAGACAGCACCAUGCCGCCAGGCCCCGGCCCGCUCAUCAGUCCCGGCCAGGCCACGUGCGGCUCGGGCCAGGCUGGCUUCCACCAAUCCUUCGCCAACUUGGGCUCCGGGAACGUCAUCUUUCACGCCGCUGCUGCUCCGCUUUCGUCCACUGGGGGGCUCCUGCACCCAUUCCUACCUGGCGGAUUUGUGCAACCCUCCUAUUUUAAUCCACACCUAUGA